AAAUUCAAGAGUCAAUUUGGACAUUUUUCUUACCCAGAUUGCUCCUCUCAAUGGUUCUGGAUAUAAUGCGCCGGUGGGUAGUAGUGUCCCCGCCUCGUCCGUACUAUCGCUCCUUGCUAUCUGCUAAUAAUUUCCUCACAGCCAAUCAUCAACUUACUGAACGCCGAUCUCACUGUCUUGCUUGCUGAAAAUUCCUCAGAACCCAGUAAGGAAGAAAGAAAGAUAGAAAGAAGGAAAACAAGUUGAAUUUUUGCCUCCUCAAUUCAAAAUCACCAACUCGGAUCUGGAAUUCUCAGACUCGCCUUCUCGAAUGAGCUCGAAUUCACGAGAAGAAUAUGGAUCCUCCAUUGAUAACUGAGAUCUCAUUCUCUGCAGCGAAUCCAUCUUCUUACACUUUGACGGAGAUUUGGCCAUUCGCGGCUAUCAAUGGCGAGACGGGCGGUGGUGGGUUGGGGCUCCGAAUGGGGAAUUUGGUUGGAGGGCCUUCGGAACUAGAUGGUUCGGUGGAGGAAUCAACGGUGACGGAGCAGAGUGUUGGUGGAGGUGGCGGUGGGAGUGGAAGGAAAAGGAGAGAUUUGAGCUUGGAGGAUGAAACAUCUAAUAUGGUUUCUACUACAAGCAGUGGCAACGAAUUUAAUAACUCAAGUGUUAAGCGGAUGAAAGUAUCAGGAUACAGAAAUGAGAAUGUUAAUUCAAAUGUUGAAAUAGAAGCAAGUUCUGCUGCCAAGGAGAAGUCAGCUGAGCAAAACAUUAAACCAUCUGAACUGCCUAAGCAAGACUACAUUCAUGUGGGAGCAAGAAGGGGUCAAGCAACUGAUAGCCACAGUCUAGUAGAGAGAGCUAGGAGAGAAAACAUAAGUGAGAGGAUGAAGAUACUGCAGGAUUUGGUCCCUGGAUGUAUUAAGAUUAUUGGUAAAGCACUUGUUCUUGAUGAGAUAAUCAACUACGCCCAGUCAUUGCAGCGGCAGGUUGAGUUCCUGUCAAUGAAACUAGAAGCAGUUAAUUCAAGAAUGAACGUGAACCCCACAACUGAAGGUUUUCAACUAAAAGAUAUUGGUGCACAGCCAUUUGAUGCUCCUGGAAUGACGUUAAUGCCUGGAGCGGCACCGGAAUAUGCUAAUGCUCUUCAACCUGAACUGUUACAUAUGCAGAUUGGCAGAUCAGUCGAGGAAGAACAUAAUCAACCAGCAAGUUCUAUUCUGUUUCUUUUGAUUGAAGUUCUAAUCUCAUCUCAUUUGUACAAAUUCCAUCUAAUCUUAAAUAUGUUAUAUAUCGUUUGAUUGAUUUUCUCCUCUUA